CUUCAAAAGGUCCAAAAUUUGAUUGAAACACCUCAAAACCAAAAUUUGAGUGCAACUUUAUCAAAAUUUUCAUCGAAAGGGAAAUUCAAACAAAAAAGUUCUCUUAAAUCAAAAAUUUUGAAAAAUAUUUAAUUUUGGCAAGGGUAACUCUAAAGAGGCUCUUCAGACAGUAAUGAGGCAGAACUCAACCUGUGAAGAUCCUGGGCUCCACCGCUCUGCAGUAAUGGAAGAACUCAGUAAAAGUAUUCACCAAAAACCCAUGGUGAUCGAUGAACAAAAGACUAAACACAAAGAUGAGCCUAAGCAAAUUCGAAAGAUUAAGGUAUUCAAGACCUCUAAUAAGAGCAAGUUUGGAGCAAACAAGUCUAUGGAGAAGACCUUCAAAGGGAAAGUUAAUGCAGAUGAUAAGAUUAUUAGAAUGAAUACAAAGAAUCACAGUAAAAAUUUAACUAAGGAAAUUUCACUGAUCAAGGACUCUUCUAUAAAUCCUAAAGACAAAGCUCAACGUGACUAUAAGGAAGGUAAGCAAGAGAAAGGUGAAAGUAUGGGACCAGACUGUCCUCCUAAGGCUACGAAGGAGGAGUCAGUGAUAGCUACUAAGAAAGUCGAUGAUAGCCCAAAGACAAAGUUGAAGAACCUUAUUGAUGGCAAGCUUGAAAGUAGCAACAUCUUUGAAAUGAUAAAUGAAGAAGAGAAAGGUUCAAACCUGUCUAUGAGACAUAGGAAUACACCAUCUAAGAUCACAGCGACCAAAUCUGAUAGUGAUCUUAAAGAGUUAUUGGGAUUUCCUUUAAAGGUUGAUAGUAACAUGAUGGUGCUUGGAAGUUUACUGACUCCUCAAGAAAUAGAAGAACUGGAACACUUCGAUACGCUGUAUUAUUUCAAUCUUGACCCCCAGACAAUUCAAAAGAAGCUUAAACGCAAGGAGCCAAUUAAAUACGAUGAUGAAAACUUAGACUACAUCCUUAAAGUAGGGGAGCAUAUUCUGUAUAGAUAUGAAAUAAUUGAUAGCCUUGGCAAAGGUUCCUUUGGUCAGGUUGUCAAAGCAUUUGACCAUAAACAUAAUCGAAAUGUUGCCUUAAAAGUUAUCAAAAACAAGCAAAGGUUCCACAUCCAAGGUAAAGUUGAAGUGGCUCUUUUAAAAUAAACUCAACCAGACUGACAGCAAGGAUAGGAAAAAUGUAGUUAAAAUGAUCCAUUCAUUUAUCUUCAGGAGUCAUCUCUGAAUCGUAUUCGAACUUCUCAGUAUCAACCUGUAUGAAUACAUAAAGAUGAAUAACUUCAGAGGGUGAAAGAUGUCCAUCAUCAAAAGGUUCGCGAUCCAGAUCUUGCUGGCACUCGUGCAUUGUAAGAAAAACAAUGUUAUUCAUUGAGAUUUGAAGCCUGAAAAUAUUCUUCUGAAGAAAAUCAACAAAAGUGGCAUCAAAAUGAUCGACUUUGGAAGCGGAUGAUUCUCUGAUAAACGGAUAUAUACCUACAUUCAGUCAAGGUUCUAUCGAGCCCCAGAGAUCGUUCUGGGCCUUCCUUACGGAAGAGAGAUAGAUAUAUGGUCCUUCGGUUGAAUUCUGUGAGAACUGUAUACAGGAUAUCCAGUCUUUCCAUGUGAAAAUGAACUAGAACUAUUACUUUCAAUGCAGCAAUACCUCGGCUUGCCUCCAAGAGACUUACUAGAAGAGUCAUCGGCAAGGGAAAAGUUCUAUGAUGAUGACUGAAAGCCCCUAACAUUGGUGACUGAUAGAGGCAAGGAAAAAAUCCCUGGCUCCAAAACCAUAGAAUCCUUCUUAAAAACUGAAGACCUAGCUUUCAUUGAUUUCAUAAAAUCAUGAUUAACCUGGGAUCCUUCAGACAGGAUGGAUUGAGAGGCUGCCUUCAAACAUCCCUGGAUCGAAGAGUUUCUAGAGAAAAUGAAAUCUCCAAAUAACGCAUAACUCAUUACAUUUAAUAAACAUGAAUUAUCUGCGUUCUGGUACAAUCCCAAGCUUU